AUGCUUUAUUCCCUACAGCAGAUACAGAAUGCAACAAAUCUAACUGCCAACACGAUCUUGAUUCUUCUGGGAUUCAGUGAUCACCCAGAUCUUCAGACUCUUCUCUUCCUGGCCUUCCUCACAAUCUACAUGCUUACUGUAGCUGGCAAUCUCGUCAUUAUUGUGCUGGUUGUCAAUGAUGUGCGUCUCCACACCCCCAUGUAUUUCUUCCUGGGCAACCUGUCCUGCUUGGAGAUCUGCUACACAUCCACCAUCCUGCCCAGGCUGCUCUUCAGUUUGCUGACAGGGGACAGAACCAUUUCAGUUCAUGGUUGCAUUAUGCAGUAUCACUUCUUUGGUGUCUUAGCAUCGACAGAAUGUUAUCUCCUGGCUGUGAUGUCAUAUGAUCGAUACUUAGCCAUAUGCAAACCACUGAGGUACACAUCUCUCAUGAAUAGCAGAGUCUGCAUUUCACUCAUUACCUUCUCUUGGGUGAGUGGGCUGCUCAAUGUCAGUAUAGUAACAUCACUGCUGUGGAAGUUGAUGUUUUGUGGUCCCAAUAAAAUGGAACAUUUCUUUUGUGACCUAUCCCCUGUGUUAAAGCUUUCGUGCAGUGACACUCAUUUGGCGGAACUUGUAAAUUUCGUUUUUGCCUCCAUAAACACUCUACCCCCAUUCCUACUUACCCUGAUCUCAUACGUGAAUAUUAUCGGCACCAUCCUCCAAAUGAAGACCAAGGCUUCAAGGCAGAAGGCCUUCUCCACUUGUUCCUCCCAUCUCAUGGUAGUGAUGCUUUUCUAUGGGUCUCUGAUUUGUGUCUAUGUACUUCCGGAAACUGGUGCACUGAAGGGGCUUCAUAAAACCUUCUCCCUCUUUUAUACUGUCUUCACUCCGAUGCUCAACCCUCUCAUCUACAGUCUGAGAAACAGAGAGGUCAAGGCUGCAUUUCUUAGAACUGCCACUAAAAUCAUUAAUGUAGCUCGUACCUUAUGUUGA